UCGAUGGUGUCUGCGCGGCGCCGGCCUUUCUAUCCUCGCCGAGCUUUCACUUAUUGGUUUCCGGGGCCCGUCGGACCUGCACGCCCUCGCUCCCGGAUCCGCGCUUUUCACGUGGAGAGCAGCGUGGGCUUCCGGACCCUGCCCACGCGGCCCGCAUGUUCGAGGAGCCCGAGUGGGCCGAGGCGGCCCCCGCAGCCACAGGCCUCAGGCCCGUGAUCUCCUCCCGGCCACGGGCGGAGGCACCAUCACAGAUCAAGGGUUCCAAGCGCCGCCAGCUCCUGGCCACCUUGCAUGCCUUGGAGGCAGCAUCUCUUCCCCGGCAACCCGCUAGCCUACCUGACAGUGAGUCUGAGGAGGAGGAGGAGGUGAGGAGGAAGAAGAAGCAAGCUAAGAGGGCCUCCUUGGCCAGUGCCUCUGUCCAAGUAGGGGAGAAAAGGAAGAACAAAUGUCAAAAACGUCCUCCUUCCAGCAAAUCUGAGGAAGGGGAAGCGGAAAGAAAGAAAAAGUUCUGCAAACAGGGUCUUCUUGGCAAUGACUUGACUGAAGGACAAAAAAAAUGCCAGAAAGCAACCCCUGGGAACACAGCCCAGCCUCUGACCAAUGGGGUCCAAACAGAUCCCCAAAUCCAGAAGAGUAGUGCUGCGGAUGAGCCACCCAAGCCAAGCCCUGGCUCCUCCUCCGCUAAACCCCCUCAGACCUUGACCCGAAAGCAAUGGCGGAACCGGCAGAAGAACAAGCGGAGGCACAAGAACAAGUUCCGGCCGGCUCAGGCUCCAGACCAAGUUGCAGCUGAGGCCCUGGCAGAAACAGAGGUACCUUCUGCUCCCAAGCCAGAAAGCCAGGAGGCUCGGGCCGAGGCUCUGCGAGCCCGCAUGGCACAGCGGCUGGAUGGGGCCCGAUUUCGCUACCUCAAUGAGCAGCUCUACUCCAAGCCCAGCAGUGCAGCACAGCGCCUCUUCCAGGAAGACCCUGAGGCUUUCCUUCUCUACCACCGUGGCUUCCAGAGCCAAGUGAAGAAAUGGCCACUGCAUCCAGUAGACCGCAUUGCCAGGGAUCUUCGCCAUCGGCCUGCGUCCCUAGUGGUGGCUGACUUCGGCUGUGGGGAUUGCAAACUGGCUUCAAGUAUCCGGAACACUGUGCACUGCUUUGACUUGGCCUCUCUGGACCCCAGGGUCACUGUGUGUGACAUGGCACAGGUGCCUCUGCAGGAUGAGUCUGUGGAUGUCGCCGUGUUUUGCCUGUCGCUGAUGGGAACCAAUAUCAGGGACUUCCUAGAAGAGGCAAAUCGAGUGCUAAAGCCAGGGGGUCUCCUGAAAGUGGCCGAGGUCAGCAGCCGCUUUGAGGAUGUUCGGGGCUUCUUGGGGGCUGUGAGCAAACUGGGCUUCAAGGUCAUCUCCAAGGACCUGACCAACAGCCACUUCUUCUUGUUUGAUUUUCACAAAACCGGGCCUCCUCGGGUAGGACCCAAGGCUCAACUCUCAGGCCUGAAGCUUCAGCCGUGUCUCUACAAGCGGAGGUGAUGUGGACACCUGUUAGAAGGAGCAGCAGGUGCAGAACUGUGAAGACUGUAUGCAGCAAGGUGGUGAGCCAGGACCGGGACUGUGCUCACUCUGGCCUGAGAGCAGAGCGGGAUGGCGACCCUGGCUUAGCUCAGCUCUAGAGAAGGCUGCUUCACUACAGGAAGCACAAGGUGACUUGGCUAGCUAAAGAGUAAGGAGUUUAUUGUGAGAACCCAGAGCUGCCCAGGGAUCAGGGAUCACCUUAGGUGUCGUGGAAACUGGACGGUUUGGAAAUCAGGAGUUUCUGUGUCUCACUCCCCUUCCCAUCUCUUGGAAGCCACUUUGCUUUCUGUCCUUUCUGUUUCUGGCUGCUCAGGGCCUCAAGGCUGCAGACAGGCAGCUCCCAUUUCUAGGCAAUUCCAAUCCUGGCUCGCAAUCAGAGCUGGAAAUAAUUUAGUCCCUGAACAUCUCAUGCUUCACUUGGAAAAUGGCACAGUUCCUGUCUUAAAACACUGUGAGGGUUCACUGAGGAUAUCUGUGACCAGGGCUGGAGACAGAGGAGGUGCUCAAUAAACUAACUAUGGCUGUUUUGUAUUAUAA